AUGAGUUUUAGAUUUACCGGAAUUCCAGGAAUGGGCAUGGGCACUCCUAUUGACGCCCCCGCCGUUGAUAACUCCGAAACCGUUUAUAUAUCGUCACUUGCUCUUCUUAAGAUGCUGAAGCAUGGUAGAGCUGGUGUUCCCAUGGAAGUUAUGGGCCUGAUGCUCGGCGAAUUUGUCGAUGAUUUCACAAUCCAUGUUGUUGAUGUUUUUGCUAUGCCUCAGAGUGGUACAGGUGUUAGUGUUGAAUCCGUUGACGAAGUUUUCCAAACACGCAUGACUGAGAUGCUCAAGCAAACUGGUCGCGACCAGAUCGUUGUUGGCUGGUACCACUCGCAUCCUGGUUUUGGAUGUUGGCUCUCGUCCGUCGAUGUUAACACUCAACAAUCUUUCGAGCGACUCCAAAAACGAUCUGUUGCUGUCGUCAUUGACCCUAUACAGUCAGUCCGCGGUAAAGUUGUGAUUGACGCUUUCCGUCUUAUCACCCCAACUGGUGCUUUUGGCAGCGAGCCUCGACAAACCACAUCCAACAUUGGCCACCUGAACAAGCCAUCUAUUCAGGCCCUUAUCCACGGUCUCAAUCGACACUAUUAUUCUAUUAAUAUUAAUUACAAGAAGACACCUCUGGAAGAACAAAUGCUUCUCAAUUUGCACAAGAGUGCAUGGACCUCUGGGCUCGAGAUUCCAGAUUACUCAAAACACACCCAUGAAAACCUGCAAGCAGUGCAACAAAUGGUCAAGCUGGCUGAUCUGUACACUACCCGUGUUAAGGAAGAAAAGGAACUUACUGAAGAUCAGCUCAAGACAAGAUAUGUCGGUAAGCAAGAUCCAAAGAAGCACCUUGAAGAUACCGUUGUCAACAGAAUGGAGGAAAACAUUGUAUCUUUACUAACCAGCAAUGUCGACAAAGUCUCGUUUCGUUAA